AUGGCGAAGAUAACCUCGACCGGGAUCUCGGCUUUGCGAAAGCAAAUGGACGACACGACUGCCGAUCCUGUCAAGAAUGCUGCUGGCAUCGUCUUUGUGGCAGUCAACAGGCAAGGACAAUCAAUCUUUGAGCAUGCUUCGGGGACCACAGGCCUGGGAGUCGAUGACCCAAUGACCCUCGACCACUCCUUUUGGAUUGCCAGUUGUACCAAAAUGAUCACCGGAAUUGCUUGCAUGCAGCUUGUGGAGCAGGGAAUAUUGGCUUUGGACGAUGUCGAACUCGUCGAGAGGCUCUGCCCUGAGCUGAAAGAGGUCAAAGUAAUUCAAGGCAAAAAACUGGUCCCCAAGAAGCGAGGCAUUACUCUUCGCAUGCUUCUUUCCCACACAGCUGGUUUCGGUUAUUCCUUCUUUGACAAGCGCUUGAACGAUUUUUACGGCGCAGUUGGAGUAAACGAAUUCUCCGGCCUCAAGCACGACUAUCUGUCCCAACCACUCGUCAACCAGCCGGGCGAAGCUUGGGAGUACGGCAUCAAUGUCGACUGGGCGGGCAUCUGUGUCGAACGUGCCUCUGGACUGUCCCUGAACGACUAUUUCCAAAAGAAUAUUUUCGAACCCAUCGGCAUUACGCAAAUCACCAUGUUCCCGUCUGAAGGCAUGAAAGCGAAGCUCGCGUACAUGCACUCUCGCGACCUUCACACAGGAGAUCUCAAGCUCGCGGUCGACGGGCACAUCAACCACGCCCCGCUUGUUGCCACAAGCCAAGCCGAACGCGAUGCGAUAUUCCAACAAGGUGGCGCAGGCUGCUUUGCCCAGCCCAGCCAAUACGCCCAAAUUAUCGGUGUGCUUUUAAAUGAUGGUGUCCACGCCCCAACAAACACUCGACUACUCAAGAAGGAGACUGUCGAAACCAUGUUCACGAACCAAAUCCCAGAGUUCCCGGAUUUUGCGAGGCAUGCCAUCGUACCCCCAAAACCGGAAUACUCGAAUGUUCUACCUGAAUUGUACCCAGAACCGCACGAUAUUCCUCAAGGCUGGGGUCUCACAUUCUUCUUGCACCUUAGAGACAGUGUAGUGCACAGUAAAGGCACAGCUUGGUGGGCUGGCUUACCGAAUCUGUUCUGGUGGGCCGAUCGGAGUCGAGGCGUGGGAGGGAUGAUUGCAAGUCAGAUCAUCCCGUUUGGAGAUCCCAAGAUUCUGGGACUCUGGGCGACCAUGGAGGCGACCAUCAACGCCAAUCUCGAGUCCUGA